AUGGCAUAUCCUGAUCGGGUUCUUAGGUGUAGACAUGUGUCUAUCGCAGAGCCUCCUCCACAAAUCAUAGGCCUUUUAAGAGAAGCUGGGUUCUAUCAUGCGGCUCAAAUUCUUAAUUACCCAAUUGAUGCCGCUCUUGUGAGCGCAUUAGUGGAGAGAUGGCGGACUGAAAAACACACAUUCCACCUUACAUGCGGUGAGACAACAAUCACGUUGAAAGAUGUGGCACUAUUACUUGGCUUACCGAUUAACGGCCACGAAGUCAUCGGUCAGACUUCCGGCUUAGGAAGUGCUGUCUGUGCAGAGUUGCUCGGAGUGGUCCCACCGGCAGAGCAAAGGAAAGGUCAGAGUAUAACUCUAACGUGGCUUGAGGAAACAUUUGGCAUGCUGUCAUACGAUGCAGGUCAACGACAGAUAAAAUGUUAUGCACGUGCCUAUAUCCUAAGGCUUAUCAGUUGUGUCCUCAUGCCAGAUUUGUCUCAGAAUAGGGUUCAUCUGAAGUGGUUACCACUUCUGAGGGAUUUUACAGAAGCAGAAAGAUACUUACAGGAUUUCAAGUAUAUCCCCUCAAACCCGUGCUAUCGUAUCAUUUCCUCUGGCUCGUGGGCGCACAUUGAAGUGGAUGAUGAUAGCCGUAGCAACAAGCACAAUGUGAAGAUAUAUAGGCAGCUACUAGAUCGGUUGGAGAUACAACAGUUUAUAUGGCGGCCUUAUGAUUCGAAUGAGAUAAUUGCACAAGUGCCACAUGACAUUUUCGCAGACAGACCUUUAUAG